AAGCUCGGUACAUUGUUCGAUUGACCUUUUCUUUACAUGGUAUGGAAUUUGUUUGAUCGACCUCUAUCCUCUCUUGAAACGGUGAUAUCUGCAGCAACUCCUGAUCAUCACCCCGUCGCAUAGUAUAUAGUAAAACUGCCACAUGGAAACAUACGUAGAACCCGCCUUUGCGGCGCAGACGGCCGCAGUCUUUUCGGCUGCUCUAAUCCUGGUCUAUGUCGCGCCGUUCUAUCUGUCGUCUGCCACGCGACCAUCGCAAACGCUCAGCCGGGACACCCCGUCUGUGAUCCGGGCGCGCAUUAGGGCGGUCACGCUCUCCUGCAUAAUCAGCGUCAUUGCUGUCUUGGGACUAUUGAUCCAGAAUGAUGUGACAGUUCCCGAGGCUAUGCACCUCCUCGGGUGGUGGCCGAUCGGGCUGGCAGAAGUUCUUUGUACCCUGCUCCUGACGGCCAUUCUCUUUGUUGGGCCCCUUUUUGAGCGGGUUGCGGAAGGCGAGUGGAAGCAUGGAAGUCCUGUUGGCAGAAUCUACGAGUCAUUGAACAGUUGGGCGGGAUGGAGGAAUUAUGUCGCCGGCCCCGUUACUGAGGAAAUCAUCUUCCGGUCUGCGAUCAUACCGCUUCAUCUUCUCGCCAAUGUCUCCCCAGGCCGGAUUGUCUUCGUGGCUCCGCUCUAUUUUGGCAUCGCCCACGUACACCAUUUCUAUGAGUUCCGCCUGACCCAUCCGGAUACAUCUGUGUUCAUCGCCUUGUUCCGGUCUAUCUUCCAGUUUGGAUUUACGACGGUCUUCGGCUGGUAUGCCACUUUUGUCUAUCUGCGCACCGGGUCGCUCCUGGCGGUGAUCAUCGCUCACAGUUUCUGCAACUGGUGCGGGCUGCCACGACUGUGGGGACGGCUUGACGCCAUGGUCCAGAUGGAGUCACUGCAAGGCCCGGUAUAUGUCUACAGGCCUUUGGCAAUGGGCUGGACUGUCGCAUACUAUCUUCUGCUAGUCGGGGGUGCUAUCGGCUUUUACUAUGGCCUGUGGCCUUUGACCGAGUCGGCCCAUGCACUGGCCUUGUUCGCCAAUUGACUCGGGAAUAUUAUGGAACGACUAUAAAGCAUGAACUUGUUUUCAUCGCGAUCAUUGCGAUCAAAUCCAAUGCGAUGAAUUGACUUUGGUCGCGAGGCUUAGUAAUCGGUCGUUAUCUCCGAGUCGGACUCGGACUCCGCUCGGUUUUCUCCGCACAUAUCUCCAUCUCCAUCUCCAUCUCCGUUAUAUCUUCAUCUCCAGACUUUUUGUUUCCUCC